CGCAGCUUUUAUGAAACGAGACAUGCGAAAAGCCAUUACCAUGAGUCCUUAAAUUUGUAUCUUUGGUUUUAAAGAAAAUCUUCAUCUGUAAAAUUUAUUAGCUUUUUGAAACGAGGUCCAAUUCCUAUUUUUGAAGACUCUGCAACAAGUGGAACCAGUUUCUACGGACUUUUGUUGGUGAUUCUAGUGAUUUUAAUUAGAUUGCAACUGCAGUUGUUAGUUUGGGAUUUAAUGUGGCAUUGUAACCAUGAAGAAUAAAUACACCUCUGUUCCAGACUCUGAAGAGUCCUUGAAAACGCUCACUGAUGAAAAGUCAGACACGCAUUCUGCAGAUGGUACACCUCCUCUGUAUUCAGCUUCAAAUAAAUUUAUCGAUUUAGAAAUGGCUGACGGAUCCGCUCAGAAUUCCGCCCAAGAAUCUGUUGAUAACACUAGGUCGGACCCUUCAGCGAACAAAGAAUGUUGGAAAGACUUUUUCGUAGGACUAAUGACUAUUAUAACAAUUUUAUAUAAUCUUGUUUUUCUAGCCAUAGUUUUUGUUUACAAGGUUUCUCCGUUUUCAAUAGCUUUUUAUUGGCUUGCUGCCGUUUCUAUUGGCACUAUUUUUAUUUUCCUAUCAACAAUUCUUUAUAUCUAUCCCGAAUGGUACAGGCAAGCUGGAAGAGCAAUAAAGAAAUUCACACCAGCUGUGUGUAAAGCCCUAAUUAUACUGAUAAGUUUGAAUGGAGUCGGGGGUGGUGCUUUGAAAUUAUCAGGAGGCUUCGAAUAUAUACAUUCAACAGCUGUGUUAGUUGUUUUGGCCGUAUUGAACAUAUGCUUGUUUGUUCUUCUCAUUCGAAACCCAAAUGCAUUUGAAAAGAUGACUGUUAUCUCACGUACAAACAACAGAAUUAGCAGGAAUAGUCCACCUCGUAACGAAGAAACCGAACUUCAACCUCUUGCUGAGCAAAGCUCUGAAGUUUAAGUGCAAGUAUGAGUUUCACCGAACUUGCUUUUAAAUUUUUUGUACUUCGCCUUCGCCCCUUCCUUGGGAUCAUCGAUGUCAAUUGCAGUCCACCAAGAUCCCUGUGUUUGCUGUCACAAAAGCUUGAAUCUGAUGAAUCCAGAAGACUUUGAUUGCUUUAGUAAUUCACUCUUUUACGACUUUUCUAAUUAGUUCACAGCACUGUUGUUUAUGCAUCGUUCAUUUUCUUCGCAAUUGAAAUAGAACAUCCUUUUUAAUGAUUAUUUCAUGAUUUUGACAACGAAUAUUGCAUGGCAACGAACUAUUGUUUAGUUCAACACCGAGUCGCGUAAUUGAUUAUGUUUUAGAAUUGGCAAGAAUAAAUGUGAGUUUCGACAGUUAUUAUUUUCAUUCAGUAUAGAAAACACAAAUCUUC